AUGGCUCAAAUUGCAAAGGCUGAGGGUCAAGCAGAGAUAAAAUCGUCAGCGGACAAGUUCUAUGGCUUUUUUAAGAACAACAUGAGCUCUUUUGUUCAGAUGUUCCCUCAAAUACUUAAGAGCUUUGAAGUUGUAGGGGGAGGUGAGAUCAGAACUGGCUCAGUGACAAAAUGGGCAUUCAACAUUGGUAGGGGCGUGGAAACAGCAAAACUUAAAAUCCAAGAAGCAGAUGAUGAAAACACUUCAAUCUCGUUCAUUGGACUUGAAGGAGAUAUUUUGAAGGAUUAUAAGAGUUUCAAGGAGAAACUCCAAGUUGUUAGAGCAGCUAAUGGCGGGAGCAUAGUGAAAUGGACAUUUGAGUGUGAGAAGGCGGAUGCGAAUGCACCUGAUGCAAAACCCUAUGCGGACCUUUCAGUUCAAGUUUCCAAGGCCAUUGAUGCUUACCUUUGCAGAUCUUGA